AUGACUUCCUCUCCUAGUCACUCAGUUGUGCACGAAGCCAACAAUACCACUCUUCGUCCUACUCCUAAGGAAUUCUUUGAAAGACAACCAAGAGAUGGACACUUGAAGGACUUGAACCACUACUACGAGCUUUAUGAAAAGUCGAUCAAGGAUCCUGAAGGCUUCUUCGGUCCUUUAGCCAAGGAGUUUUUGCACUGGGACAGAGACUUCACCAAGGUCAAGUCGGGCUCUUUGAAACACGGAGAUGCUGCUUGGUUCAUCGGAGGUGAGUUGAAUGCUUCUUACAACUGUGUUGACAGACAUGCUUUCGCCACUCCAGACAAGCCUGCCGUCAUUUACGAGGCCGAUGACGAGGCAGACUCCAAGAUUUUGACUUAUGCCGAGUUGUUGCGUGAAGUUUCUCAAGUUGCUGGUGUUUUACAAUCUUGGGGAAUCAAGAAGGGUGACACUGUCGCAAUCUACUUGCCAAUGACUUCUCAAGCCAUUGUUGCCAUGUUGGCUGUGGCCAGAUUGGGUGCCAUUCACUCGGUCAUUUUUGCCGGUUUCUCCUCUGGUUCUAUCAAGGAUCGUGUCAACGACGCUUCCUGUAAGGCUUUGAUCACUUGUGAUGAAGGUCGUCGUGGUGGUAAGACUGUCAAUAUCAAGAAGUUGUGUGAUGAAGCUUUGUUGAACUGUCCUUCCGUUGAGAAGGUUUUGGUCUACAAGAGAACCGGUAACCCAGAAAUUGCCUUGAAAGAAGGUCGUGACUACUACUGGGACGAAGCCACCAAGAACUUCCCAGGAUACUUGGCCCCAGUCCCAGUCAACUCCGAGGACCCAUUGUUCUUGUUGUACACCUCUGGUUCUACUGGUACUCCAAAGGGUGUUGUCCACUCCACUGCAGGUUACCUCUUGGGUGCUGCUUUGACCACUAAGUACAUCUUCGAUGUUCACCCAGAAGACAUUUUGUUCACUGCUGGUGAUGUGGGUUGGAUCACUGGCCAUACCUACGCUUUGUACGGUCCAUUGGCCUUAGGUAUUCCAACCAUCGUUUUCGAAGGUACUCCCGCAUACCCAGAUUUCGGUAGAUUAUGGCAAAUCGUUGAAAAGCACAAGGCCACCCACUUCUACGUGGCCCCAACUGCUUUGAGAUUAUUGAGAAAGUCUGGUGAGGCUGAAAUCGAGAAGUACGACUUGUCUUCCUUGAGAACCUUGGGCUCUGUUGGUGAACCAAUCUCCCCAGAUAUUUGGGAAUGGUACAACGAAAAGGUUGGUAAGGGACAAUGUCACAUUUCCGAUACCUACUGGCAAACCGAAUCUGGAUCUCACUUCAUUGCUCCAAUUGCUGGUAUUACACCAAACAAGCCAGGUUCUGCCUCCUUGCCAUUUUUCGGUAUUGAAACUUGUCUUAUAGAUCCAGUUACUGGUGUGGAAAUCACUGGUUUCGAUGUUGAAGGUGUCUUGGCCGUCAAGGAAACUUGGCCAUCCAUGGCCAGAUCCGUUUGGAGAAACCACGGUAAGUACAUGGACACCUACUUGAACCCAUACCCUGGCUACUACUUCACUGGUGACGGUGCUGCCAGAGAUCACGACGGAUACUACUGGAUCAGGGGUAGAGUUGAUGACGUUGUCAACGUUUCUGGUCACAGAUUAUCCACUGCCGAGAUCGAAGCCGCUUUGAUCGAGCACCAAGGUGUUUCUGAAGCUGCUGUUGUUGGUAUCAACGAUGACUUAACCGGUCAAGCUGUCGUAGCCUUCGUUGCCUUGAAGGACGAAUCUGCCGAAAAGGUGAACGGUAAGGAGACCAGCGAAGAAGCGUUUGCUUUGAGAAAGGAGUUGAUCUUGCAAGUCAGAAAGGAAAUCGGUCCAUUUGCUGCUCCAAAGAGUGUCAUCAUCGUUGGCGACUUGCCAAAGACCAGAUCCGGUAAGAUCAUGAGAAGAAUCUUGAGAAAGAUCUCCGCUAACGAAGCUGACCAAUUGGGUGACAUCACCACCUUAGCCAACCCACAAUCUGUAGCUGGUAUCAUUGAGUCGUUUGGUGUUCAAUUUGGCAAGAAGUAA